CUCAACUUCAUUAUAAUGGCGUGAGCGUGAGCAUGACGGGCAACGAAUCGUAUACACUCCACAUUCUAGCCUGCAAAACCUUCAACGAUAAGUAAAAAACAAAACCAGAAACCCAUUUGUAUCGUACUCUCCUUCGCAUCCUUCUCGCAUCAAAAAUAUACCAUAAUGCCACUCAAAACUUCCUUUGCCCCACGAAGAAACGGCGUAGUCUGAACCUUGUAGAUGUACAAUCUCUGUUUUCGGCUUUCGUGAAUCGUUUCUGUUGUGGGUUUUUUGCUGUUGAUGUUGCAAUAUACAUAGGUGUAUUAAAUAUAUUGAUAGUUUGUAUCUCAAGUUGGUGGAAGGAUUUUUGUGAUCAUGGAAAGAGACGGAGAGUGGUCGAAUGAGAUCCCUAAUGCGUCCUAUUUCGAUUUGCUUCAACAAUAUCAACAAGGUUUGUCACCGGCGAGCAGAGUUACUCUGCAGUCUGUGAACUCUCUUCCAAGUCCUUCCAGAGAUGGGUUUUGUUUAUCUGACGAUAUUUCGCCAUAUUCAAGUUCUUUCGAGGGGUCUAGGUAUGAAACACCGAGUUAUCAUUUGAGGAUGGAUUCUAAAUCACCCGAUUCUGGUAACAACUUCAAUGAGAAGUUAGUGGAUGAACUGGGUUUGUCUCAAAAUUUCUACAGAAUGAAAAUUUCAAAUGAUGUCAAUGAUGAUAGAGGUAUAAUGAGUUGUUUGGGUGGGAAUGUUCAUUACCAGAUCGGAAAAUAUGCCACAUGGAAUGGUUUUGACAAUGGAGUUCUUGAUUCUGAAGGGUUUAGAUUGUCUAGUGGAUUGAGUGUUGAUGAGGAUUUAAAUUCUACUUUGCUUAAUGGACGAGGUGGAGGCAUGAGGGGCGAUUCAUUUGGGUCUUUUCUUGCUCGUAAUCAGGAUGGUAAUCUGUGUUCUGACUCUCAUUGUAGCUGUGGUAGGGGAUUUCAAUUACAGAACCCAUUGAGUUCAAGGCCUUACAUUCAUGGUGCCUUUGGUGGAUCAAAACAAUGUGAAAUGAAUUCUUUAGGAGAUACAGGUAUCAGAGACUCAUUUGGUACCCCUCAUAUGAUGCACCAAAACCUGGCUUUGGAUGCUGACGUUUCAUUGUACAAUUGUUCAGGUGUAAAAUCGAAUACUAGAACAAUCCAAAAGGACCUUAACGGCAGGAUAGUUCCUCAGUGUCUAGCUUCUAUGAAAUGUGCUGGGGACAUAGAGGCCUUUAACUGUGAGGAGAGUUUGAUAAUACAAGGGAAUAAUUUGAAACAUAUCAUCAACAGGGAAAAAGAUAUGUCUAAGGGUUCCAAGAAGCACUCCUGCAAUGAAAUUGUCAUAGGAAAUCCACAAGAGACAAACAGCCUACCGGAGAGUCCUUCAUGGUACGGAGGAAUUUGUGAAAAUGUCAGGAGGCCAAGUAGUUUUUGUCCAUCACAGACGCUGCUAAGUACCACUUCCUUGGCUGAGGUCCAGGGAUACAUAUAUGCGAUGGCACAGGAUCAGAAUGGUUGUCGAUUCUUGCAGAGGAUGUUUGAUGAGGGUACCAGUCAAGAUGUGCAAAUAAUACUCGAUGAAGUUAUUGAUCACGUUGUUGAACUCACUAUGAAGCCUUUUGGAAAUUACCUUGUGCAGAAGUUGUUGGAUGUAUGCAAUGAGGGACAAAGAAUGCAGAUUCUGCUCAUGGUGGCUAGAGAACCAGGACAACUAGUCAGAAUAUCCUUGAACACAUAUGGCACACGUGUGGUGCAGAAGCUGAUCGAGACUCUCAAAAGCAGGCAACAAAUCUUGUUAGUCAUAUCAGCCCUAAAACCUGGUGUUCUUGACCUUAUUAUGGAUUUGAAUGGAAAUCAUGUGAUCCAGCGUUGCUUGCAAUGCCUUAGCAAUGAGGAAAAUAAGUUCAUUUUUGAAACUGCUGCAAAGUUUUCUGUUGAUAUUGCGACUCAUCGACAUGGAUGUUGCGUGCUGCAACGAUGCAUUGCACAUUCCACUGGAAAAUAUCAAGAUAAGUUAAUUACUGAAAUAUCCAAGAAUGGGCUUCUCCUUGCUCAAGAUCCUUUUGGAAAUUAUGUCAUUCAGUAUAUUAUAGAGCUAAAGAAUCCAGCUGCCUUUGCUAUUUUGAUUUCUCAGUUCAGCGGCCAAUACGUUCAGCUCUCAAUGCAGAAAUUUGGUAGCCAUGUUGUCGAAAAAUGUCUCAAGCAUUUCGCAGACAGCAGAUCAAAAAUUGUUCAUGAAUUGCUCUCUGUCUCUCACUUUGACCGGUUAUUGCAAGAUCCAUACGCCAACUAUGUAAUUCAGUCGGCUUUAGGAGUUACAAAGGGUCACCUAAAUGCAUUGCUGGUUGAAGCAGUUAGUCCCCAUGCAGUUUUACGUACGAGCCCAUACUGCAAGAGGAUUUUCUCCCGGAAUGUCUUGAAGAAAUGAUGUACAGUUUUCCAGUGCCCAGCUAUGCUAUUCCCAGAAGUUUUUAAGUGGUCAUGUGUGCUAGUUAUAACCAUCUUGUUCCAUUAUGUAGAUUAUGCAUCAGAGUAAGAUGACUGUAACUUGCAUAGGAAGAGAAGGUUUCCAUUGCAGCUGUUUAUGAUGUAGAUACUUUAUGUAUUAUUCUGUUGUCAUGUUGUUGCUCUAAACUUCCAUGUACAUGGCCAGAGUCUCAUCUGUCUGUUUCAGAGUUUUGUAAACGGGAUGUUUGGAUA